AUGAACUUCGGCACCAUGUACUCCUCCUGAACUCUGAAUUUUCCUAUGAAUAUUGAUCAAAUCCUUCUUCCACUCUGCUUCAUUUGCAGUAAAUGAAGCUUGGAGAGAGUGCGGGGAUAGCUUGGCUAACUCGAAUGGACUGAGGGAGUAAAGGCUGGAGGUCGCUUUCCCAUGUACAACUCCGGUGUGUCAGGAGGACAGCCAGUUAUUGGUCUUUUAUGGUGUGUUCAGGGACCAACAUUAAAGACCAACUUGCAGUGGACCACAAGUGUGAGUGAAACUCUUGCUGAUGAGCACCGCGUAAGUAUGCGGCCAUUUUAGGUCCUCCCAUUUUUUAUUUAUUUAUUUUCUGAAACUUCACGCUUUGUGUAACUACAAAAUGGCGGAGGACUCUGACAAUCUCGUUGACAGUAAAAACGAAUCAAACUUAGCCAGAAGUGAAUAUUUUAACUUUUUUACAUUGCAGAAGAAAAUAAUUUGUGGAUAUUGCUAAUAUAUGAUUGUUAUUUAUUCUAUAAUGAGCCAAUGUUUUUUGUUUCUGUGUGUUUUUAAGCAUUUUUUCUGGGAUCAAACUUUGUAAUGUUCAAUAAAACUGAAAUGAAGUUUUCGUUACACAACAAACUGUUCUUAUUUAGUGUAUACUGCUGUCAAUCUGUGUCGCUGAGAGCAAUAGGCUGAGAGAACAAGACAUCUGGCUUACAGGAUUAUAGAUGACCUGUGUGACUUUUACACGAGUGAGAGGGGGAACUAAAACUAUAACCACUGGCCUCUACUACAGCUCAGCCACAAAAACAGAAAACUACAGACAUUGAAGGUACCCAAAUAGUGAUCAGAGAACCAAAUAAACAAUUAUUAGUGGAAAUUAGCAUAACAGUUUAGCUGUUUUUGACACUGUUACACUGUUGGUUGGAUCUGCUAUGCUUCACUUUGUGAAAUCUUCUUUAGAGUGCAGCACUGAUGACUUCUAUUCUGUGCUGAUUUGUAACAAUUGCCAGCUUUAUGAAAUUAUGGAUACACAAAAAACAAAUGUAGCAGAAUUGUAGAAGCAGCUGAGAUUCAGCUACCUGUAAAACAUUUGUAUAGUAAUAUGCAGUCAUAUGCUGCCAUAUGAAGAAAUGCUUGCACUGCGCACUGUGAAAGUGUAGAUAUUGCAAUCUGUGGGCUUUGGAUAUGUGAUGGGUGUGUGAUAUGGUUUUAAAAAUCUGUUUUCCUAAUCAGUGUUUAUAUAGAUUAGAAUAUCGGAUAAGUUAUAAAUGCAUAAAUCAAUAUUUUUUUAAUGUAGUUAAAUGGGGAAAAAAAGUUUCAUUUUUCAACACGAAGUGUCAUCUUAGAGGCCUUUUAUCUGGGAAUUAAAAAGGACUGAAAAUGCUCUUGAUAGCAGAAUAGGUUAAAAAUAACACUAAUAGCAAAUGCUAUUAAGAAUACUAAGCAAUACUGAUACUCUUUUCAUUCAAAUGGCCAAACCAUUUUUUUUAAAAGUGUAAGCUUUCUAUUGUAGUUAAAUAGUGUGGUUUAUGUCCAUCAGUAUCUUGCUAUAUUAGUCAGUUCCCAUUUGUGUGCCUCUGCAUAUUAAUGUCCUCAUUGUAGCAACUAAAAUAAAGUGAAAAUACAUACAAGAAUGUACAGGUCUUCAAUCCAGGGCCAGAGCUUGCAUCCACACAGCUUUCCCAGCUGCAACACCUGCAUAAAUAAAAUACUUUUGAUUGUUUUCAAGUUUCCUCUGUCAUUAGUUAAUUCACUGUACUUAUCAGUCCAAUUAUUGGCACGUGUUAAGUUAGGAAAACUUGUAACAACUGAUGUAUAUAUGUCCUCACAUUUCUGAGUGAAACUCGCGUUUGCUUCAGUUUCCUUCCUAACAUGCGCAGGCGCGUCACCGUGUCGCGAGGGAGAGAGAGAGAGAGAGAGAGAGAGAGAGAGAAGAGAGAGAGAGAGAGAGAGAGAGGGGCACUCACUGGAGCUCGUGCACGUGAUACCGUCAGGCUAGCUUGUUGUCAAAAACGAGAACAGUUUUAGCAAGUUUCAGGUAUCGCUGCCUUUUUCUUUUGGCCGUGAAAUCCCACUUUUUAAGGGCUCGACUGAUGCGUUUCCCCACUGUUACCCCUAGUGGACCUUAAAGGGGGCGAACGGUAAGUGCUCCAGCUUUCUUCAAUAACCGUUUAAUUAAUGUUCAGGCUUUCAUUCAUAAUAAAUAACUCGGUUUUCCUGCUCUCACAGGGAUAAAUAAACAGUUUAGUAUUCUUUGGUGAAUGCUUAGCUUAUUUUCUUUCCAGGGUUUGUUGUUCAAGCUACCAUAGCGGCACUUUGUCGCCAUGGAGACGGAGCGUGAACGCGCAGAGGAACUUCCAGCUCAGGGCUUGUCUUUAGGUUCAGGGAAAGGUUAUCUUAAAGUUAAUUACUUAUAAUUUAUUUGUAAAUAUAUUUAUAUGUAUAGUCUACCACAGAAGACUAAACAAAACCAAAAACUCUACUUUAGUACUUUCCUGGUUCCAUCUGCACUUCUGAUAGCGGUUUUGUCUGCUAUUAGGCUACUUCAGUAUACUCUUAAGUUAGGCCUAUAUGGCCUCUACAGAGACGAAACAUGAGAUCUGCAGCCCCUUGAUGCCCCGGCGCAACGCUUUGAGGAAAACGUGUGCAGAGAUAGUAAAUGAGGUCAGACAGUCCCUACGAGUUCAGUCAACUCACCGGCCAUUUACUCCCAGAGAUGGACAUAGACAACUUUUUGGGAGCGCCUCUAUUCGUGACAACAGACCACCUUCUGCUUUUAGCCUUCAUGCUCAAAGUUUUGAUGCUUCAGACUCCAGGCCAGGUUCAGGGACUCGCCUCUCUCCUUUGGAUCAUAAGCCAAAGUUUUCAGUCCCCUGUGAUGCUGACGAUCCAUUCAAAGCCUUACCCAAACCUCCUACUAGCCCAGUGAAACCGCGUAGGGGGCUGGCAGGGGCAGGAGUACGGGCACGCCUCCUCAGACCUGGAUCUCUCACCAGGUUACCGCCUUUAGAAGGACACCGAAAUGUGAAAGAGCCACUGAAUGCAGGCCCAGGACAAAAGCAGCUGUCAGCUAAGCAACUUUCCAGUACAGACCACACCGCAGGUUACAGUGGUCCUGUCAAACCUGGCCCUCACACAGCAGCAAGUGAAAGAAUAGUGCAGAGUGAUGUGGACUCAGGAGUAAGACCCAAAGACUGCAAGGAAGAUAACACAACAGAGCCAGAGUGUGGAGACAACAAGGGCAACACGGAGGAGGAUGCAGAGUCACUGAUGUGGAAUAAUGUGAUCGUUCCUCUCCUUCAGAAACUAGAGAGUGUGGCUGCAGGUGGUUCCGAGGGCUCGGUUGACCGCCUGUGUGAUUUGUGUGACCGCCUCCACGGCACGUUGGCAGAGGCGGACAUGCUCGGUCGGCGCUGUAAGAAGAGGUCAGGGAUACUUCGAACACUGUUCCGACUCAUUGACCUCAACUAUGCCCAGCUCAACAUGCACAUUGCCCAGCUGUGCCUUGCUCUGUGCGUCAGUGGAAACAACCUGCUCAACAUCUGUAAACUCAUCUUCCAGAUCAGCCGCACUGAAAGCAACGACAUCCUCUUCCAGAACAACUCAGUCAUUGAUUCAUUGCUGAGGAUGCUAAGCAAUGAACAUGUGUCUGCAUCUGGAGAAGCAAUCCUAUAUUGUGUUGGAUCUUUGAAAUUUCUCUCUGGAAACGCUGAAAUCCUCAGAAUAUUGCUGGAUAAAAACUUCAUAUGUGUGGCACAGAAACUCAUCCAGAAACUCUGCAUUGUAGAAGAAACCAACCUCCCAAUAGCAGGCCACAUCCUCGUACAGCUGACAACGAUCCUGAGGAAUCUUGCCGACCUCUCUGAUUGCCGUCCACUGUUUGUUUCAUUCUCCAUACUACCAGCGCUUUGCCAAGUGCUGCAGCAACACUGUGAAGAUCAGGAUGUCUGCAUGAACAUUUCCAGAAUUUACAGUAAACUUUCUUCAUAUUCUGAGUGCCGCCUCGCCCUGGCUCAGACUCCCGACUGCUACCAGCUAUUUUUAGAGCUGUUGAGCAAACAUCACCAAAAACAGGAUCUCAUUGUGCGCCUCCUCUUCACCCUCGGGAAUCUCACGGCCAAAAGCGACGAGCCCCGGCUGGAGCUCUUUCAGUGCGACGGCUGCAUGCGCACGCUUCUCCGGCUGUACGACAUCUACCAGCGAAAAGAUGAGCCACAUCACACAGUCGUGCAGAAAGGAGCCUCUCCUCCCGUCAGACCACAGGUGGCUGACGACGUGCUGGUGAAGCUGGUCAGGGUGCUGGCGAAUAUGUGCAUCCACCCCGCCGUGGGUCCACCUGUGGCCGCAGACACAGCCUGCAUUCGACUUCUGAUGGAGACGCUUGAGCUGAGGACAGUGGAGGAGAGCGAGGAGCUGCUAGUCAAUGUGGCCGCUGUCAUCAACAACCUGUCCUUCUACCAGAAAGAGACUUCUGCCAUCAAACACAAUCGGCUCCAUAUUGCAAAGCUGAUGUUGAAGUUGCUGCUCAGCUCUAGUACAGGAGCCAUGCUCGAGGCCGUUCGCGUCUACGGAAACCUGUCGCAUUAUGAGGACGUUCGGAACUUCAUCAUGCAAAACAAAGUGCACCAGUUUGUGGUAACGCUGCUCGACUCAAAGAGCAACGAGAUGUGCUUUGCAGCCUGCGGGGUCCUCACCAACCUGGCUCUGGAUCCUCCCAGCAGGGUCUGUCUCACGGUGGAGGGGGCUUCUGCCAAGCUGGUGGACUGUCUGAGAGACUUUGGACUGGGUGAUUGGCAGCUGGCGGGCCAGAUUUGCCAGGCCGUGUGGAACCUGACUGGUGGCAGCUCAGAAAAAGUAUUAUACACCGAGGAGAGAGAAUCGCUGCUGGAGAUGCUCGCUGCAUACUUAGAUGAGGAGGAAGCUCUGAAUUGGACAGACAACGAGGACUUGAGAGACUUCCACAGAGCAUGCUGGGAGUUAGAGUUCCUACCUGUCGCUCAAAAACUGAUGAAGAUGCUCCAGUCUGCAGAUCUGACAGCCUGAGAGAGUCGGGCGUGGAGUUUUGUGUCAGCAAAAACUGAAUUUAUAAACAAUCAAACACGGCACCACUUGCAGCUUUGUAUAGCUGGCUGUAAAGAUUUGUAGUUUCCUUCAUGUGCAGAAAACAAGCGUGACCAGAGCUGAAAUGAGCUCAGCCGACUCCUGCACUGUAACCCUCUAAAUAUGCUGAAUAUGCUCCACGUAGCCGUCAUGUUUUCCACCAAGGGUGAAGUUACAGCCAGUAAAGUUUAAAGGCUGCAGACCAGACAGGCUAAUAUGAAACACUUAUACUGUAAAUGCAUAAAAUGUCUCAGGUUUUAAUUUUAUCUAAUCAUACAGAUAAUAAUCCAGGAUAUAACAAGCAGGCUUAAUCUAAACUGUAAAAAAAAAAGUGGUGUGUGGAUGUGAUAUUUGUUGAGCCCUUUAUACUUUGGAACGUAUAUGGACAUAUUUGCAUAUCAUCCACUUUCAGUUCCACAAACCUUUUAAGGUUUAUCACGCACAAGAAAAAUUUCAAAACACCUCUUUGCACGCUCAUAUGACUGGCUUUGCACUGUAUUGUACAUAAUGUUUUACGUGGUUUUAAAAAACAACAGCUGACCGACCUGGAAUUUACCUCAUGUGUAAAUCUUAUCGUUUGUGGAUUGUGUGGCAUUUGAACUUGUGCUUAAUAAAAAAGCACAGCAGAUGAA